AAAAAUACAUUAAGCAACCGCCCUUUCCAUCACUCACACAGAUAAAACAUAACAAUUAAAUUAAAACUAAAACCAAUUUCCUCUCUCGGCUAACUCUCGCUCUCUCUUGCAUCUCUCACUAUCUCUCUCGCAUCUCUCACACUUCACAUCUCUCAUUCAUCUCUCCCAUCUCAUUCUUUCAUUCCUUUCAUCUCUCUCAUCUCUCUCAUCUCACUCUUUCAUCUCCCGAAGCUUUUUUCGGAGCUUAUCUCGCUGCUUAUACAAGGAAAAGGUCUGAAGAUUAUAUACAAGAAGCUUAUGUAGGAGUUUCAGUUCUUGUCUCUGAGCUCCGUAACUUUCUUCUCGUAGCUUGAAUUUGGUCUGACUAUAACAUUAUAAGGUAUUUCUUUAAAUUCAUCUUGUUAAUUUGGGGGUUUUAAAACCCUAACUGUUAAUUCUUAAUUUGGGGGUUCUAAUAUAAAUAGUGUUAGAUCAUUCGAUGUUAUGUACACCAUUCUGUUUGAUUAAAUGGGUAUUUCUUGUUUUCAUUAUAAAAAAAACAAGAAAUACAUAUGGUUUGCACACCAUCUGUUUGAUUAAAUGCCCAUGAGUAGGUUUUAUUCAAGAUUUUCCGUACAAAUAUAUCAUGUGUUCGUGUGUUGCUAAUGGUGCUAUUAAUUCGAAUAGUGAGUAACUUUCUCAAUGUAUAGUUUUGUGGGAAGUUAAAUGUUAAGAUUAUAUGCUAGAAAUCGAUAAAGAGGGGCUAGGGUUGCUAACUAAUUAACUCAUCCUAUGAUUAUUUAGAACUACGUUAUAAGUUCGUAUUUUGUUGGUGUAGGUAUAAGCAACUUGUUUUCCUUUAGUUCAUUUGUCACAUGUCCAAGACACUUAAUAUUUUGUUCCUGUUCUUGUUUUUUUAUAAAGAUGUUAUGUAAGCUGUUAUAAAUGAUUGAUGUUGCUGAUUCCUGCCAAACUAGAGCAGCUACUAAUGUUUUUUUUGAUCUUGCGUUGGGAUAUAAGUCUAUUAUCAUUCCUAUCUUUGCCAUUGCAAUUGGCAUUUUCAUCAGUUUUAGUUUUGCUGCUAUGUAUGGUAUUGUGGUAGCUGCACUUGGAUUGCUCAGCACUAUUGCUACAGGGUUAGCCAUGAUGCAUAUGAUCCCAUUAGUGACGAUGCUGGUGGCAUUCCGACUAUUGGAAAGGUAUGUAUAUAUAUUUUUCUGUUAUCAAGUAGUUUGUAUAGUUCUUAUCCAAAUUGGUGGGGACGUACUAGUUCUCAACAAUGACAAUGAAAGUGUUGGCAAGGUAGCUCUUAAGAUGGUUGAAGAACUGCGUAGACAAUUUUACGUAGUCCCUGGUGCUUUUGUAAUGCUUACAUCCCCCAUUAGUGUCCUUGCUGGAGCACUUGUGUCUGGUGUACAGUAUCUUGUGCAGAUUGCUACCUCCAACACUAGUGGUGCAUGGGAUAAUGCCAAGAAGUACGUUGAGGUACAUCCUUUGGUACUUCACUUUCUGAAUUUUUAUUGGAAUAGACUUCAAAUUUGGAUAAAAUGUUGCCUAAAACCCAAUGGCAACAUAAAUUGCAGUUUUAGCAACUGAUUUUGGGUGUUGGGAUAGACCAUAUAUGGUGUAGUGGACGGACGAUAUCUGUCGUUUUUGCUCAAGUAGUAAGUUCGAAAAGCCGUCACAAUUUUCCACGAGUGUUGUAAGUUUGAUCAAGAAUCGCAAGUAUUAACAAGCGUCGUAAGUUGACCAGGUGGGGCCCAUAAUUCCAGCAUAUUUUUGGUUCCAUUCUUGCGACAGAAAGUUUCGUCGAUAGUUAUCUUACGACUGAAUCUAUUUAAGAACAUCCGUCAUAAAUUAUAGAGAAAUCUCAAACUUAUGACAUAUAUAUGCAUCGUAAGUUUAGAUUUAUAUUUUAAAGCACUUGUUGUUUUCUAUAUUUCUGCCAUUUUAUACCAUUCGAGAAUGGUCAAAAAUCUGUCCAUGAAAAUAUUCAAUACCUAACAAACAUGGAGAAUGGUCAAAAAUCUGUCCAUGAAUAUAUUCAAUACCUAACAAACCUUUUAACUAUUAUACCAAUCCAAGCAAAUAAUCAAUCCACAAUACCAUAGUUUUCAUCAACCAAAACAUCCCAAACACAUAGUCAUACACAAAAAAAAGACCAAAACAUCCAAAAACAUCCCCCCAAAUUCAAUUACAUUCACACAACUUAAUAUCAAACCUUAAUAACCGGACCUCCCCUAGAGACAACAACAUAGAGAUGACUCAUAUCACGGUCUUCGGAGUCCGUGCUUUCAUUUCCACUUCCGGCUUUAUUAACAUCAGCUUCAUCCCUAGUGUCGAUAGCCUUGCCCUACCAUAUACAUACAAAAUUAUUCAGUAAAAAUUGAAUAGAAACUCAUUUCUAUAUUCUAGAAAGAAACAUGCACCAUAUGUUUUUUAUCCUUUAAUGUACGCCCCUCUCUAUAAUUCAGGGUAUGUUUAUUUUUCAUGUAUUUUGUCUAUGCUUACAAUUAGCCAACCUUACUUGACUAUUCGAGGACAGGUGGAAUUAUAGUUUAUAGGCAAGUUUGUGUCCACAACAUUUAUGAGAAUGAGAUUGCCCUGUUGCAUCAUUUCUCAUAUAGUAGUAUAUGGCUAACAAAAGCUUUUUAUUUUACACUUCAACUGGUUAUAGAUAAUAUGCAUCUGAUAUGUUUCAGAGCUUGUAAUUAGAAUUAUUAAGGAAAUAAUAAUUUGCACAUAAAACAAUAUAUGAGAGAAUAUAUAUAUAUAUAUAUAUAUAUAUAUAUAUAUAUAGUACUACUAAAAACCCAGCUGCAAUAUCACUAAAUCUUUUAACAAUCCCGCCUCCAUCUUCUCCGCCUAAGCCUCCACUGCCGGCAACACCAUUUCCGACGCUCCCUCCACAUUUGUCGCCCACUGUCACCCCGUUCACGUCUACCGUCCCUCCAUUCCUCCUCCUCCACCGUCUCUACCACCAACGUCCACACACCUCCACCUCUUCCACCACCUUCAUCUCGACCUCUGUCAUCAUCACCUCCACCUCGACACUUCCACCACCAACACUUUCACCUCCGCGCGCUAUCUCAGGCCCUACCUCCGCCAUAACUCCAUCUCGACCUCCACCUCGACCAUCUCAACCCCCACCUCCGCAUCCUCCAUGCCCUCGCCCCCUCCAUCUCCACCACCUUCUUCUCCACCACCGCCAUCACCACCAGAAUCAACAAACAAAAUCAGAUCUCGAGGUUUGCAUCAAGUUCUGGAGAUUUUUACGAAUAUCACUAAUUUCUACAACGGAUAUCACUAAUUUCAAAAGCGAAUACCACUAAAAUGUGGAGCUGAUAUCACUAAAUGUUAUAUCACAAUAUCAUCGUUUUUUGUAAGCAUAUCAGGAGCAGGUGGCAGAGGUUGUGGUGAUGAUGGUGAAAUCGAAAACAAUGAUAUGGGUGGCGGUGUUCGUAGGAGCGUGUGGGCAUAGAUGUGGUAGUAGAGGUGGAAGGAGAAGAGGGAGAUGAAGUGGGGUUGAUGAAAGAGAAAAGGUGGAAGGAGGAGAAAGAACGGGGCAGAUCUGGGUGGGGGGUUAUUGCUGGGUUAUAAUUAAGUGUAAGUGAGUGCCUUUAGUAAUUUAAGGAGUUUCAAUAGUGGUUUUU